AUGGGUUGCGGCCCAUCGAGUGGACGACAAAACCCGUCGACGGAAUUGAAAAAGUCUCAAUCUCGGACCGGCGCCGCAUCAUCGUCAUCAUCUUCUGGUGGCCAUAAGAACAUCAACAACAAUAACAGUACCAAUAACAAUAACAACAAUUCAACGUCUUCUGGAGCCAAGAAGACGUCAAGCUCCUCAAAUAAGCAUCAUAGUACCAAAAAGAGCAAACGGAGCAAUUCGAAAAAGCAUCGAUCGCCAAGCCCUCAACCCCAACUCAGUGAGAACGAGAUUUCAAUCAAAUCAGCAAUCCUAAUUCAAAAAUGGUAUCGACGAUGCGAGGCGAGGUUGGAAGCCAGAAGACGUGCCACAUGGCAGAUUUUCACGGCGUUGGAGUAUGCGGGAGAACAGGAUCAGUUGAAACUCUACGACUUCUUUGCUGACGUCAUCCGCGCAAUGGCCGAGGAGAACGGGAAGACCGGUGGGGAUAACGGAAGGAACUCCCCUCUAAUGAGUGCCCUAUCCCACUACGCAAAACCAUCGUUAAUGGAUUCAGAAGGUGAAACAGUGAAGAAAAUGUUAGAAGACACGUCGCCAGGAAAUGUAGACGUGGAUAGAAACUAUAAGGGCCCAGUACUAUCACUCCCAUUGGAUAAACCACAAGUGGCCAAGAUGAUUGAGGCGUUUAAAGUGAACAAGGUUCUACACCCAAAGUAUGUUUUGAUGAUUCUUCAUGAGGCGAGAAAGAUCUUUAAGUCGAUGCCGAGUGUCUCCAGAAUAUCAACGUCAAUUUCGAAUCAGUUGUUCCAACUGUUCUCUUUCCAGAUCACAAUAUGCGGGGACCUACACGGAAAAUUCGACGACCUCUGCAUAAUAUUAUACAAAAAUGGAUAUCCAUCAGUCGAUAAUCCAUAUAUAUUCAAUGGAGAUUUUGUGGACCGAGGCGGCCAAUCGAUUGAAGUCCUUUGCGUUCUGUUUGCCUUGGUGAUAGUGGACCCAAUGUCGAUUUAUUUGAAUCGGGGGAAUCAUGAAGAUCAUAUUAUGAAUUUGAGAUACGGUUUUAUAAAAGAGCUGUCUACGAAGUACAAGGACCUCUCUACACCGAUCACUCGCCUCCUUGAAGAUGUAUUCUCUUGGCUUCCAAUCGCCACUAUAGUUGAUAAGGACAUUUUUGUGGUACACGGAGGGAUAUCAGACCAAACAGAAGUUUCAAAACUAGACAAAAUCCCACGUCAUCGAUUCCAAUCCGUUCUAAGACCUCCAGUUAACAAAGGAAUGGAUUCUGCGGAGAAGGAGAAUCAGGCAGUUAGCGUUGAUGAAUGGAAACAAAUGUUGGAUAUCAUGUGGAGCGACCCGAAACAAAAUAAAGGAUGCUGGCCGAACGUCUUCCGUGGCGGUGGCUCCUAUUUUGGCGCCGACAUCACUGCGUCAUUCCUGGAGAAGCAUGGCUUCCGAUUACUAGUCAGAUCCCAUGAGUGCAAGUUCGAAGGAUACGAAUUCUCGCAUAACAACACUUGUCUUACGGUAUUCUCGGCUUCAAACUACUAUGAGACGGGCAGCAAUCGAGGGGCUUAUGUGAAAUUCAUUGGGAAAUCGAAACGCCGCAUUUCGUUCAGUAUAUGGCUAGUAAGACGCACAGGAAAUCGACUUGUCGAGGAGUCGGCUGUGAAGGAAUUGAAGGAGAAGUUGAGCUCAUUUCAUACAGAGCUACAAAAGGAGUUUGAAAAUGUGGAUUUAGAAAAAUCCGGCAACCUCCCAAUCCUAAAAUGGAGUGAAUGUGUGGAACGAAUCACCGGUCUCAACCUUCCAUGGAUCGCAUUGGCGCCAAAAGUGGCAACAUUAAGUGACGACGGAAAGUUUGUAAACUACAAAGAAGACAGAAAAAUCGCACAAGUUGGAGGCACCCAUGCACAGGAGAAGGAUAUUGUCGAGUCGUUGUAUCGCCAUAAAAGUACACUUGAGACACUGUUCAGAUUCAUGGAUAAGGAUAAUUCUGGACAAGUGUCCAUGAAAGAGUUUAUUGAUGCUUGUGAGGUCCUCGGAAAGUACACCAAACGCCCGCUGCAAACAGAUUACAUUGCUCAAAUCGCCGAAUCGAUCGAUUUCAACAAAGAUGGAUUUAUCGAUUUAAACGAGCUUCUGGAGGCAUUCCGAUUAGUGGAUCGACCCCUUUUGAGAUGA